AGGGUUUCUAUACCCAGAAACUCAUUUUCUCUCCAUCUUCCUGUAGCGGAAAUUUUCAAUGGCGGAUGUAAUAAGCAAUUUACCAGACGCGAUUCUCUGCCACAUUCUCUCUUUUCUCCAAACCAAACAAUCUGUCGCUACAAGCAUUCUUUCAAAGAGGUGGAACACUCUAUGGCUUUCAGUUCCCACUCUACGCUUCCAACAGAAACUUACCAAAGGAAUCACAACUUCUAAGUUUAACGAUUUUGUAUACUCUGUUUUGGUUUCGCGAGAUGUCAGGCUUCCCAUUAAGACUUUCCAUCUUGACGUUACAUACAUACAUCUUAAUCGAUGCCCCAUGAUCACUAUAACCAAAUGGAUCAAGUUUGCCAUACAACAAAGAGUUGAGUACCUUUAUCUCCAUCUCAAAGCACUGUUACUUCCCAAAUUGCCCAUCACCAUUCUCACUUGCAAAACACUUGUGGUUCUCAAGCUUUUUAGUUUCAGCGUGAAAGAGGGUUUUUCAGAUUCUUCCGUUCUACUUCCUUCUCUCAAAACCCUUCAUUUGGAAGAUAUUUGGUUCUCUAAACUUGGAGACUUUACCAUGUUUCUAUCUGGAUGUCCAAUUCUCCAGGAUUUAAGAAUAUUUGAGGUAGAAUUUAGUUCUGAUGAAUCUCAUGAAUCUCUAACUUGUAGCGAGUGGAACAACUUUUGCUUGACCAACUUGACCAGAGCUGAUAUUGAUUGGAUUCUUUGCGACCUUCCUGGAAUGAAUUGAUUCCUACUUUUCAUGAUUUGACCCAACUUGAGCUUAUUUCUUUUAGUUAUAGUUGGCAGUUAUUAGUAAAACUUCUCAACCACUGCCCUAAACUUCAAAAGCUUCACAUUGCUCAGGCUGAAGUAGACAAGGAGGAAAUAUGGACUAGAAGAGUUGACAGAGAUGACAAAGAAGAUUGGGUAGACCCGAAUGUUGUUCCCCAAUGCCUUUCAUUACACCUUACAACAUGCAAUCUAUUCAACUUCUUAGGCCUUAAAGGUGAGAUUCUGCUAGUAAGAUAUAUUUUGAGGAAUGCUGAAGUUUUACAAACCAUGAAAAUAAAGAAAGUUGGACGUGCUAGAAUAACAAGACUAAUAUCCUCAUUCCCAAGGGCCUCUGCAACAUGUAAAGUUACAAUUUGUUAGUCUUUCAAU